AUGGUUACAAGGGAGACGUGCGGUCGCCCGGCGUGGCUGGCGGGUCGCCUGGGCGAUCGCUCUCCUGGGAGCGCUGCGCGAGCUGAGAAGAGAAGGCCACCCCCGGAGGCGACGCAGGCGGGCGGGGAGCCAGAGGUGGGGGCUCGGGUGGGUUGGCCGAUGGCAGACGCGGCGUCGCAGAGGCUGCGGUCGCGGGGCCCUCCAUAG